CACAGGCAGAUAUCUCUCUCUGAAUCCCAGUUGGAGCUAUCACUAGCAGGGCUUGGAAAAGAACCGAUUCCUGACAUUUUUUUUAAUUUUUUUUGGCCCUUUUCUUAUUAAGCAAAAUACAAAUAAGAAGAAAGGAAGUUUUUUGGAACUUUUUUUGCUUUUGUUCUGCUUUGGCCACUAUUUGAAUAUAUAUAUUUUCUUUACUUUUUUGUUGUUUUUUUUUUUUUUGCUUUUUUACUGGAAAAACCAGGAUUGUUAAGAAAAAAACUUUUAUAAACGGACACAGUAUUAAAGGUGCCAUUGGAAGAUUCAGUAGGCUUCAUGUCAUGUAACACUUUUUGUGUCAAACCCAAUGGGACUCAAUCCAAGCUCCUUUGGUCCUUACGAAGAUGAAAGCAGAAUCAUGUUACCCAUCACCUAAUUUUCAUGUAGCUGAUAUGGUUUUCAGAGAUGGUGCUGUACCAGGCAUGUACAGACUUGCAUUCAUAAUCACAUCCAAUAGAUACUAGGACAAGAACAAGAGGCAGCUCCCUCCAAUCAACCAGCUUUGCAGGGAUUAAGUGCUGGACAGUUACUAUGCAGUUUGGACUGUUUGCGGUUCUUUUCUUGAUCUUGAUGGAUAUUGCAGACAGCAGCAAGAUUGUAAAGGGGAGGAGACAUAGGAGAAGAAGUACAGAGGUAAGCAUGGUCUGUUCCAAGGAAUGUCUCUUGUGUUCUGAGUUUAACGGAUGCCUCAAAUGUUCGCCAAAGUAUUUCUUCCUACUGGAGAGAAAUGAUAUCCGUCAGACUGGGGUUUGCUUAUUGUCCUGUCCUGCAGGCUACUUUGAUGUUCGUAACCUGGAGAUCAACAAGUGCGUGAAAUGCAAAAUUAAUAACUGUGAGACCUGCUUUAGCAAACAUUUUUGCACCAAAUGUAAUGAAGGUUUCUACUUACACAAAGGAAGUUGUUACGCAACGUGUCCAGAAGGGUUUACUGCAGCCAAUGGCACAAUGGAAUGCAGCUCUGCACAAUGUGAAAUGAGUGAGUGGGGGUCAUGGAGUCCAUGCUCCAGGGCAGGAAAACAAUGCGGAAAGAAGAAAGGUUUUGAAGAGAGAAGUCGAAAGGUUCUGCAGGCACCUCUGGGGGGAAUAUCCUUAUGCCCACCAACCACAGAGAGGAGAAGAUGCACAAUGCCCAGAAUCCCAUGCCCAAAAGGGGAAAAGGGAAGAAAAAAUAACAAGAAAGAUGAGCAAGGAAAGAAGGAAAAGAACAAAAAUCGAAACAAGAACACAGAGGAUGCUGGAAACAAGAAAAGAAAAGGCCAACCGCGAGUGACCUCAAUGCCCUUUACUCCUUCUGUCCCGGCACAGUAGAUGCCAUUAUAGGGUCCAGCCACGACAAGUGAUUAAUGCUGCUAUGUAUCUAAAAUGCUUUCUUGAACUGGAGCACUGCUACACCUACACGAUCGGCGAAUGCAAAACUCUUACGGUUAAGAAGUUGAAGGCAAUAGAUUUGAGUUUUUUUUGCUCAUGGACUUCCAAUGAGAAGACAUCAAGAGAAAGAUUUACUCUAUGGACAAUAUAGAGAAAGCUUGAUAUUCCAGUGGAAUAUGGACAUCUUUAGAGGUUAAGUAGAGAAAAUAUCGACUUUGGCAAAAGUUACAGAGUCUGGAAAUGGUUUCAAGAACCCCUGACAAACCGUGGGUUUCUGUAUCGCCUAGAAAUAUCCCCACUGUCUCACCUUCCUUUAAGUCUGUGUUUUACAAUGUCUGACUUAAUCUUUGGAGAGUAUAUGUUACAAUUGUGUGAAAUGAUGUUGGUAACUAUCAUGAAACAUCUUCAAAAUUUCAUUUCAAUAUUAAAAAAGUAAGUUUUAAAGGAGGGUGUAUCAGAAAGUUGUGUAUGACUGAAUACAUAGUCCAGCGAAAAUGAACUAAAAGAAUGUUUUAUUUUCAAACACAUUUGUAAGUGUUUUAUUGUCAUUAAAUGACUGUAAUUAAAAAUAAAACAAAUUGUUUGUACCGCUUAUGACAGUGCAACAAAAACAAAAUCUUAAAAAUU